GUGGAAAAGCAUAGACAUAUAUAUGUCUAUGGUGGAAAAGGACCUGCUCCCUAUGUAGAUACGAAGGGAUGAUUCUAAGCUAAUGAAAACACAACGAUUAAUUCCUGGGCCACUCCUGGGCACCAAAAAACAGUAAUAAAACUUAGGAACAAUUAUGAUUGCUUCAGCGAGAGCAAGAAUGUUAAUUCCAGGGGCCGUUGCUACAGGCAGAGCACGCACUUUGCAUUGGGCACCAAGUGCACUAAGGGACACCAAAAAAAAAAGGGGGGGAGACCAGGUACAGCUGUGACACUUUUUUGUGCUUUUCCACUGCAGGAACUUGGGUCAUUUCCAGGGUGGCACAAACGUUUACAGGAACGGCCCGCCGAAUUGGCCCUUUCUUUAUUCUUUAUUCUUUUAUACUUUAUAUUUUACUCAUUGAUUGCAACUUCAAUUUCUAGCAUGUGAUAACAAUGAUACAUUUCUCCAGUGGCAGGACCAACACAGAUUGUCUAGAUAACUUUAGGAUUAUCUUAAGGUCCAGUUUUUAUAGAAUUGCAAUAUAUAAUUACUAAUACUCGAUUAAAUGGCUUCAUGACAGUUGUAAUUAACAGUUACUUUAUAAAUGAAUAUACCAGCAUCACUAUGAUUAAUUAAAGCCUAUAUUUCCAGCAGUUUCAGGGCCGCACAGAAGUACCCCUUCCACUGCAGGAACUCCCGGGAGUGGCAUCUUUAGGCAACCGCCCCUUCAAGGUAAUUUUGGGGUCCGAAGUUCGUCCCUGGAACUGCUGGAUGCACUUUUUACCAUAUAUAUAUACAUUUUUUUUAUUUUUUUUUUUAUCAGAUCCCUAAAUUUACUACCCAGUUUUGUGCUGAUGUAAAUCUCAGUAUUCCGGAAGUGUGAAAGUAGGCCUAUCCAUAGAUAUAGAACAGCUCCGAGUCCUCUGAUUUUAAACUCCAGCCCAGUAUGUGGCAGUAAUGGUACUACAUAAUUACUUUUCCAAACGCGAUUUAAAAGACAAAGAAGAACUUCAACCAGCAAGAAGGAAAACGGAUUGAGGUCAAUGUGAAAAACAUAACAAAGGACCGAUGACUCGCCUCGCGAGCUGCCAUGAUGAGCGGAAGGAGGUGCAUAUUGUUUAAACAGUUGACAUUCGAACAACUUCAUUCACAAUUUAGCCGGCUAUGGUAUUAUCCACUGACCUAGUUAAUUUGGCGUUGCGUUAGUUUAAACGUAUUGCUUCUUCUUUUUGACAAACGGUUCCCUCGCUAUUGGGAUUUAACCAGGAAUAUUAACUACGUUUCAACUCACGCUGUUAAUUCAUGUCAGCAUGAAGACUUGAAGCCACAUACGGAAAGAUCAAAUAUAGAAGCCAGAUGUUGGAUGAGGGACAUUGCCAAUGCCCUACAUGAUGGAUGUGUCACAUCUUCAUUGUGGAAAUCAAAGUAUCCUGAAUCCUUCCAUCUUCAGAGGAACAUUACCUAUCUCCAGCAAAGUGUACUCCCAGAGCAUUGACUUUAUUUGAUUAACAGGACUGCUGAAAUCUGUGGGAAAAGCUCAAGGCAGACACUGAUUUUAAACAAAGACUCUUUUUGCUCUUUUUUUGUGCAAUAUUUUUCUGUGGGGCUAGACCUCUAUGGAUGGAAUAUAACUUUUGACACAUCUGCUCCCCCAUGUGGGUGCAGAGAUGUCCGACAACCUCAGUAAGAUGGUUAAGUUCCUAUCCCCCCAAUCAAAAAAUGCUAGCGGCUCUGGCUCGGACUCGCUGUUGGGCGAGGUCCGCCGGCGGCGCCACAACGUGGAGCGUGAGCUUCUUAAGGCUGAGCACCGCUUCUUCCGCCGUAGCGUCAUCAGUGACUCCAACACCACUGCCUUGGAGCUGCCCAGCAAAGCUUGUGUCCUUGCUUCACCACCUGACUGCAAACGUGGCCUCCCUCCUGCCAACUCCAUCGUUGCUGGAGCCCUCUCAGUGUCAGCUGGUCAAUGCACAGUGGUGGCUGAGGAGCCGUUGGUGGAAGUUCAUGAGGCAAGUGGGGAACCCAAGGGGGAUGUUGUAGCACUGGAAGCAAGGCCCCUGUCUCUGAUGGGCUGCGAUGGAGAGAGGGAACCAGCCAUCUCCCUGGACCCUCCCAGUGAGGCUUCUGAGCUUGAGUCUGGGAGCAGCAUGGCAGGCCAAGGGGAAGAUGAGCGUGAGGAGGAGGAGGAUGAAGCUGGGAAAGAGACAGAGAAGACUCGCAUCGAAGCUGAACAGAGAGAGUUGGAGAAGAAAGUGCAAGAUGAAGAAGAGGUGGAGACCAAGGCUGUGGGCACAUCUAACGAUGGUCGCUUCUUGAAGUUUGACAUUGAAAUUGGACGUGGCUCAUUCAAGACCGUCUACAAAGGCCUGGACACAGAGACAACUGUGGAAGUAGCCUGGUGCGAGUUACAGGAUCGUAAGCUGACCAAGACUGAGCGGCAGCGCUUCAAGGAGGAGGCCAGUAUGCUUAAGGGCCUUCAGCACCCCAACAUCGUGCGCUUCUAUGAUUUCUGGGAGUCACCCGCCAAGGGCAAGAAAUGCAUUGUCCUGGUGACUGAACUUAUGACCUCUGGCACCCUGAAAACAUACCUGAAACGGUUCAAGGAGAUGAAGAUCAAAGUCUUGCGCAGCUGGUGCCGGCAGAUCCUGAAGGGCCUCCACUUCCUCCACACGAGGACGCCCCCUAUAAUCCACCGUGACCUCAAGUGUGACAACAUCUUUAUCACUGGUCCUACUGGCUCUGUCAAGAUUGGUGACCUGGGUCUCGCCACGCUGAAGAGAGCCUCGUUUGCCAAGAGUGUUAUAGGUACCCCAGAGUUCAUGGCUCCAGAGAUGUAUGAAGAGAAGUAUGACGAGUCAGUGGAUGUCUAUGCCUUUGGGAUGUGCAUGCUGGAGAUGGCUACUUCUGAGUACCCGUACUCCGAGUGCCAGAAUGCGGCACAGAUCUAUCGCAGAGUUACCAGCGGGGUGAAACCUGGCAGUUUUGACAAGGUAGCGUUCCCUGAAGUGAAGGAGAUCAUCGAGGGUUGCAUCCGUCAACACAAAGAUGAGAGGUAUGCCAUCAAAGACCUCCUGAACCACGCGUUCUUCCAAGAGGACACCGGUGUACGAGUGGAGUUAGCGGAGGAAGAUGACGGUGUGGUGGUAGCCAUUAAGCUCUGGCUGCGCAUUGAAGAUGUCAAAAAGCUCAAGGGGAAAUACAAGGACAACGAAGCCAUUGAAUUCUCUUUUGACCUCCUGAAGGAUGUUCCAGAGGACGUGGCUCAGGAAAUGGUGGAGUCUGGUUACGUCUGUGACGGUGACCAUAAGACUAUGGCCAAGGCCAUCAAAGACAGAGUGGCUCAGAUCUGUCGGAAGCGGGAGAUAAGGCAGCUGGUGCGAGAGGGACUGGAGAGGAGGAAGCAGCAGGGGGAGGACUCGGCGGAGCAACAGAGGGAACUUCAGCAAGCAGCACUGGCUGCCUCUGCCCCUGCCCCAGUGGCUGCCCCUGCCCCUGCCCCAGCCCCAGUGGCUGCCCCUGCCCCUGCCCCUGCCCCAGUGGCUGCCCCUGCCCCUGCCCCUGCCCCAGUGUCUGUCCCUGCAGCAGUUCAGACAGAGUUGGAGGAGCCUGAGGCAGACCAGCAUCUAUUCCAGCAAAAUGCUGCUCCUAUCACGACCAUGGAGACGGCUCAGGGUUCCAUGAUCCUGACGGAAUCCCACCCGCCAGCCAUGUCCCACAGCUACAUGCCGGCACAGCAGCCUCCCCCCACAGGCACAGCACAGGGGCCCCCAGCCCAGAUGCCCCUGCAGCACAACACAGGCCAGACAGUCAUGCAGUCUCAGGUCCCUGUGCCACAAACCUCCAGCACCCUUCCUGUUGUUCCAAGCGGCCAGAGUGGAGCACCACUGCAGCAGCACCAGCCACACCAUGAGGACGGCACUGCAGCCCACAGCUCAAACACACAAAGUCAAACACUGCAGGGAACACUGCUACAGCAGACAUGGGCUAAUGAGCUGAGCCCUCCUGUUUUCUCUCCGCCGCCGAACGCUGAGUAUCUCUAUUUCCUCUAUCAGGCUGUUCAGACGUCUGUGGGUGUACUGCAGUCUUUGACAGUGGAGCAGACAGCCGCACAACCAGGAGUGAUUGCGACCUCCACUGAAGGUGGUCUCUCAGAUGCUGCGUCUGGCUUGAGUGAUGGCAACGACGGCACGGGAGGCCGGCACGAGGGCCGCUCCAUGAAGCGACAUCAUCGCCGAUCUGUACGCAGUCGCUCACGCCACGAAAAGACCCCCAAAGCCAAGCUUGAUGUGCUGAAUAUUUCGCACAAUGGAGACAGAGUGGCUGAAUGCCAGUUGGAAACACACAACCGGAAAAUGGUGACUUUCAAAUUCGACUUGGAUGGUGAUAAUCCAGAAGAAAUAGCACAAAUAAUGGUUCAGAGUGAGUUCAUUCUGGAGAGUGAACGGGAGUCUUUCAUUGAGCAAGUGCGGGAGGUCAUCGAAAUGGCUGAUGGUGGAGAGGGCAUGCUGAAAGAAGGCUAUACCCAGGUUCUGGAACCGCAAAUCCCUGAGAUAUCGACUCCACACAGACUUGGUGAGCCUCCAAGUCUGGUUGCCCAGGUGGUUCACUCGGCUGGCCGCCGCUUCAUUGUCAGCCCUGUUCCUGAGUCCCGGCUCAGAGAGUCAUACUUUGGACACCCAUCAGCUAACAAGUCAUUUGGGGACGAUGGAACACCAGGCCAAGAUCCAAGUUCAACUACUCGUGCCGCCUCAAGCAGUGUGCAGAAUGAGCAGAGCAAUGUUGCCCUCAGCUCUUACCCUGCCUCAUCUCAGCAGACUCUCCCAACUCCAGCCAGCAGUGGGUUGGCCCCGAACCCUGGUCUGGAUUGCACACGGGCUCCAGACGCCUCCAGCCACAGCAGCUCUUCAGCAGGGCCAGGCCCAAUGUCUCCACCAUCUGUCCUUCCAGCACAGACAGGGAGGGUCUCUCCAACACAACUUGCACCAGGCUCAGAUUUCACCCCACAGCCUCAACCUGCAAGGCCUGUUGCCAGUGCUCUUCCAGUCUCUGCAGAGACUAGCAGUGCUAUGGCAAACAUGAGUGGCAUUAACACGGAGCAGGUGUCCUCCAUGCCCGCUGCCUCGGGCAUACCCUCGGGGCCACAGGUGCCCAGCGUACAGCAGCCCGUCCCAUCAGCAGCCAUACCCAGCCAGACUCCAGCUAUGUGUGGGGAGAGCGAGGGCGAGUCCCAGUCUAAGUCCCCUGGCAUUGAGGACAUCCACGCUCUGGACAAGAAGCUGCGCUCUCUUUUCAUGGACCAGAAUUCUGUGUCCAGCUCUUCCACCCUGGCAGACAAUAUAGCCUCUGACUCCUUGUCCUCCCCGCCCAGCACAAUGACCUCCUCCUCUCCUAUGGGGGGUUCCAACCAGAUGCUGCAGUCCAGUCUGUCUCUCUCCAGUGGGCUGCCCGACACGGCCUCUAUUCCCACACCAGCACAAGCAGGAGUGUCCUCUGCGAGUGCUUCCGUCCAAGAUGGACAGUUAGCUGUUCCUGGGGACCAGCAGCCUACAAUUCCACCCACUACUGGUGGCUUCCAACUUGGACGCUUUCAGGUUUCUGUGGCAUCAGUUGAGGCCCAAAGCACUGUCCCUGAGCCCUCAACCAUAGGCUCAUCAUCCUCAGCCACUCCAUCGACGUCCUCCUCUUCCUCCUCCUCCUCCUCAUCCUCCUCCCUCUCAAGCCCAGAGAACACACUACACAGAUCUCACAAUCUGCCCAAACCAGUUAUCAAACCGGAUGCCGAGCCUGCCCACACCACUAUUGGCAGGUUCCAGGUCAUGGUUAGCUCCGGCAACAAAGUGGGUCAGGCCACAGAAGAGACCUCGACUCCCGACACCCAAAACUGUGCAGCUGUGGGCUCACACACCAAGACCCCUUCACCCAGCCAGCCCACCGCCUGCAACUACUACAUCAGCAGUGACAAUGACUCUGAGCCAGAAGACGAGACCUUAAAGAGGGAGGUCACACAGCUCAGGGAGAGACAUAUGGUAGAGAUCCAUGACUUACACCUUCGCCAGAAGGGGGAGAUCGACGCCCUGUUUUCCCGGCUGGGCAGAUCCCCACCUUCAGUGGUAGCACCGCCUACCAUGAACAUGUCUGGUGGCAGACGCAGGAUCACCAAAGGCAAAAAUUGCAAGUCUGGGAAAAGUGUGAGUGCUCAGGCCAGCCCUCAGCACACAGGUAAGAAACUGACAGGCCAAAGUGGGCAGGCUCCAGCAUCAGUGACAACGGUUGGAGGGACAAGCAACAACACUACUACUACUACUACUACAGCAUUCAGUCAGAGUGCCCCUUCACAGAGUCCAAACACCAAUGGAACAGGACACGCGCCAGGCCAUGGCCAGGGUCAUGCUCCUGCCAGUCAGAGCUCUGGCACCUUCACAGAUGACCUCCAUCAGCUGGUGGACAACUGGGCACGAGAUGCCAUAAGUCUUGCACAAGUCAAAAAGUCGAUCCCCCGCAAGUUUUCAGCUCCAGGCCAGCUCUGCUCCCUAGGAGGUCCCAUGGCUGCUCCUGUUGUCCCGCCGUCAGCCCCAGGCUCUCGUAAGGGCUCCCUGUGCAUGGCACCUCAGCAGUUUGGCUACCCCUGCACCCCGUACAGUGGCACCAACCAGUGGGCCAAUCCUACAGGGUCUUCACAAGCGGGCUUGUUGGGGGCAAUGCCGCCUGCAGCUCCACCCGUCUCCCUGCAGCAAGGCUUCCACAUUGGCACCAACCACAAAUCCAGCGGUGGCAGCAGCAGCAAUGCUGGGAGAACUACCCAAGCUAAUUGAAAUCAGAGAGCGGCAGCAUUACAGUGGUCAUGAUUAGGAUUGUAUACCAGUACCCUCACUCAUAUACAUAUAUAAACGCACCAGGAACGUGAUUUGAGAAGCCGAUCUGAGCAGGGUUUGGAGAUUGUAACUUGUAAGGUGGUAAUGAAAUGUGUAUGGAGCAUGUAGAGGAAGAAUGGUUUUGAAUGAACUGGCGACACUUUUGAAGAUAAUGGAAAACUCCCCAACUCUCAUGUUUAUGAUCAUACAUAGUGCACAGGAUUUCCUUUUGUUGCCAUCUAUCUCAUUUGUGGUGGGUAGAAUGCAAAUAGUUCGACUUCACUGACUCCUAUUUAAUCUUUUUGAGUAUUUACCAUCCAUCCGUGACAUAGAGGAAGCCUUCUUGUUGGUGUAUAUCUGGCUGGCAUGAUUAGUGUGGCUGAGUUGGUUUGGCAGACUAGGAUGAAGUGAGGAUUGAGCUGUAGGUGUCUGUUGAGAUGGAGGCCCACUGUGGAAGAGUGCAUGAGAGAAACCAUAAGGCCAUAGAUGACAAGCUGAACAAGACUAGUAGGCACACACCGUGGAGGGCAUUUUAGAUUUAUUUCUGUAUUACUAUAUGUGAAUCAUGGAAAACAUUAGGUGACAUUGUUUACUUAGAAGACUUCUAUAUUGUCACUUUAUACUGAAAUGGUAAACCACAUAGAGAUAUGUGCAAUUGGGGGGGGGGGGGAAAUGAAAAAAGGAUUCUGAACACAAUUGUCCAGUUUUAUUAUGUGUAUAUAUGAACAUAUUUUUCAUUAUUGAGGUGUUGUGUAUCUUAUUGACACAAAUGAACCCCCCCCUCCCCUCCUACACACACUUUUGCCUGCUCAUAUUCAUGAGAUAACAUUGACCCUGGAUACUUGAGCAGGAAUAUGAAGUCAAUAUAGGUUGUUGAUUUGCUCAGCCUUACAGGUUUGGCAGAUCUGUGGGGUGCCUUGGAAACACUUUUGUAUUGAUUGCCCUAUCAGACCUUUGGAGUUAAACUUAUCUACCCUUGAAGCACACAGGGAUGCUGUACGUUUCCCAUAAUUGUUCUCUGAAGCAAUACUGUCAUUCAUAUAUUAGCCAUACUGACAAUACACAUUCCCUUAAGCUAUGUAUUGUAUGACAACUAUGUAUGGGUAUGUAACUUAUAAAAAAAAAAAAACUGGACCUGAUUUCAAGAACUGGUGUAAAUUAGUACCUUGAACUUAUUUGAAAAAUAUCAGGUGCAUUUUCGAUGGACAUGCAUGGUUGAGGUUAACAUGAUCUGAUUUGAUUUACUCUGUAGACUUGUCUCUAGGCACAGAGUAAACAGAACAGUAUUACAGUUUUUGUUCCGUGUUUCUUUUCUCAACCCCUAAGCAUGUGCCAUUCCAACACACAGAAGUGACCUCGUCGUUCACCUCUGAAUUACACAGCUUGACUUCUCUAGAGAAGAUUAUAGUUACUGCAAUGCAGAAUUCACGCCAGUUAGACUUCGUAUUUGUAACACACUGAAAGGGAUAUUGUUACGCAUACAUGUUUUUGAUGUGAGUGCACAGAUUUGCCUUCAGCUUUUUUAGCUUUAGUCUAAAAGAAACACUGACAUACCACUACCAUUUUUUUCCUCCAGAGUUGCUGUUGUGAAUCAUACCAUAAUACAUUUACCCAUACUUUUGCCAGGUUUGCAUGCAUUCUGUCCCACAAUAACAAGGCUAAGACUUCACAAGCAAAUACAGAAAAUCCAUACUGUUAACUAUUGUAUUUUUAUUUUGCUCAGUUUUGAUCGCUUUGUCUGGGUCUGUGUGGUUACUCAAGUCUGGUUUUGUGUGAACAUUGUAUAAUUUGUGUAUAUAUAAAGAUUAAUAAAAAUAAAGAUUUCUGGUUACAA